GUUACAGCGCCCCUUUAGUACGCACGAGAUUCCAUAUUGGUUGUUGAAGCACAGACGGUUCAUUGAAGUGUGAGCGUGCGGUAAUUUAGACAUAUAAACGCAUACUGUAAUAGUAUUUACAGAUAUGUCCACGAGUGACUUCUAUUUGAGGUACUAUGUUGGCCACAAAGGUAAAUUCGGCCACGAAUUUCUGGAAUUUGAAUUCAGACCGGACGGCAAGCUGAGAUAUGCAAACAACAGUAACUACAAGAACGACGUCAUGAUCAGAAAAGAGGCUUAUGUUCAUAAAAGCGUGAUGGAAGAGUUAAAGAGGAUCAUUGACGACAGUGAAAUCACAAAAGAAGAUGAUGCAUUGUGGCCUCCUCCAGACAGGGUCGGCAGACAGGAACUGGAGAUUGUCAUCGGUGAUGAGCACAUCUCAUUUACAACCUCCAAAAUUGGAUCUUUAAUUGAUGUCAACCAGUCCAAGGACCCAGAGGGACUCAGAGUUUUCUACUAUCUGGUCCAGGAUCUGAAAUGCCUUGUAUUCAGUCUCAUUGGCCUCCACUUCAAAAUCAAGCCCAUCUAACCGUUCAUCUGCUUUUACUCUGGCCGGAAAUCAUAUUUUAGUUGCUUUCAACAUUUGUACAUUGUUUGAUGGUUUUUUGUUGUCCUUAUUGUUUUUUUUUUAAAUAAAAACUUGUUCUACCGUU